UUUUGCAGAAUUUACACAAAGACAGCAAACUCCUUCUGUCAAACUUACAAUAUGGCGUGUUUUAAUUCGUAGUUUUAAUUUUAAUUGAUCUAGAUAAUUAGUACUUAUGCUAUUAUAAAUUAUUUUUUGUAGUUUUACAUGUGUACAUUUUGACCCUGAUAUGUGCGAUGAUUUUAAUUAGAUGAUAUCUCAAUUAAUUUAACAAAUGCUCUAUUUAAUAUUGUGUGGAUUUUUUAUAUUGUGACAAAAAUGGGGCUUAUAUUUGCUAAAUUGUGGGCUCUCUUCGGAAAUGAAGAGCAUAAAAUGGUUAUGGUAGGAUUAGAUAAUGCUGGCAAAACUACAAUUUUAUAUCAAUUUUUGAUGAAUGAGGUUGUUCACACAAGCCCAACCAUAGGUUCAAAUGUUGAAGAAGUUGUUUGGCGAAAUAUUCGUUUUUUAGUCUGGGAUCUAGGAGGCCAACAGAGUUUAAGAGCUGCAUGGAGUACCUACUAUACAAAUACAGAAUUUGUCAUAAUGGUCAUCGAUAGCACUGAUCGAGAAAGAUUAGCUGUAAGUAGAGAAGAGUUAUUUAAAAUGCUUGCUCAUGAGGAGCUAUCAAAAGCAGCAGUUCUUAUAUAUGCUAAUAAACAGGAUUUGAAGGGCUCUAUGACUGCAGCGGAAAUAUCAAGGCAGUUAGAUCUGACAUCAAUAAAGAAGCAACAAUGGCAUAUACAGUCGUGCUGUGCUUUAACUGGAGAAGGAUUAUACCAAGGCCUUGAAUGGAUUGUAAGUAGAUUGAAAAAAAAAUGACAAGAUUAUAUGACAUAGUUUUAUUUGUUUUGUAAAUACUUUACAACACACAUGUGUAUAAACAUUUGUGCUAAAUAAUAUUAUUGUAUAUAAUUAGGUAAUGAUUGUUAGUAUUAGUUAGAUGUAAGUAUCAAAUAUUGUACACAGUUA